AUGAAUGCAUUUAUGGUAUGGUCACGUGAUGAACGUUUAAAAAUUUGUAGUGUUCAACCAGACAAACAUAAUGCUGAAAUUAGUAAAGAGUUGGGCUUUCGCUGGAAAAGUAUGACUAAAGAAGACAAGAGGCCAUAUGAAAUAAAGGCCGAGGAAUUGAGGCAGUUACAUUGUUUGGAAUAUCCAGACUAUAAAUAUAGACCUAGAAAGAAGGUAAAAUUGGAAAUUAAAAAAAUUUUAAAUUUAUCUUUAAAGAUUAAAAAACAAGACAGUCAAAAGCCUCAAUUAACUAUACAAAAAGAUAGGGAAAGACUACCUUUGAAUAGAAGCGCCAAUGGGAUAAAUAUGAGAAGGUAA